AUGGAGGAACUACUGGCAAAACACCGCAAAGAGCAACGUGAUCUCCAGGCUCGAAUAACCCAGAAAAAAAAGAACGCCACGAAAAAAACACGCAAGGGCGUCAACGAUGAAUGCGAUCGGCUACAACAAGACUUGAAGACACAGCAAGAACUCGAGCUUGCACAAUUGAACGGAAACGCAGUUGCUCCUGCGGCCGAGAGUCUAGACAACCUUGCUUUGGACGAUGAUCACGAGACGACGCCUGCCAAUACCGCGGAGGUUAGCGAUGUGGCCGGGAAACCCGCCCCAACAGAAGGCGAUAAUGGCAACACACGAGCAAAAAAACCGAACCGGCAAAAAGCACGACUAGCUCGCCGAGAGGCAGAAAGAGUAGCCCAAGCAGAAAUCGCCGCCGAAGAAGCAGCGAAACAAACCGAUCACCGCGGGAAUGAAAAAGAGGUGAUGGAGGCGGCUUUCAAACGACUAGGCCUACAGGAAGUUGAAAUAAACCCGGAUGGACAUUGUUUAUACUCGGCCAUUGCGCAUCAACUGGAUAAUCUGGGACUAGGACUGAAACCGGAUCCUGCGCGAAUCGUUUUACAGCCGUCGACACUCUCACGCGUCGAUACGGUGACUUCUCCCAAGAAUGACGGUUAUCGCGCUGUACGAGCGGUUACGGCGGACUAUAUAACGGAGCAUCAAGAUGACUUUGUCCCUUUUAUGGAAGACCCACUUGACGAAUAUGUUAAGAAAAUAAGAUUAACGGCUGAAUGGGGCGGACAGUUGGAGCUACAGGCGAUCGCUCGCGCCUAUAAUGUAGAGAUAAACAUUCUGCAAGGCGACGGACGGGUUGAGAAGAUCCAAUCUGGAUCGGAAUCCGACGAGGAUGAAGUCAAGCGGAUUUGGUUGGCUUAUUAUAGACAUACAUACGGACUGGGAGAACAUUAUAAUGCAUUGGCACAAAAGACCGCGGCGGCCUGA